GCCACUGCAACUGCCACCUUAAUUCCCUUUUCUUCCCCAAAUACUCUACUCUAGUUAACACAAAUUUUGAAAAAUUCCGGCCAAAAUGGAGAAAGAGCCUCUCCUCCCUUUCAUAAGGCCAACCCUCUCCCUCCACUCUCUCCCCGAACACGACGAAAUUACCAUCCCACCCUCCCCUUCCUCCAAACACCUCAAAGACUUCCUCAUUUUCGGGCCCCCACCCCCUUCUUCCUCCUCCGCCUCCGAUUUCCUCGCAGCCCUAGCUCUAACCCUCAAUUCCCCAUGGCCCACCUCGCAAAAAUCGAAUCUUGGCCCCGAUUCUUGCCCACCAGCUUCCAAGAAUCUGCACCGGUCCAAGACUGCUCCAGCCAUGACCAACAUCAACGAAAUUCGAGAUUUCUCGGAGGCGGCGGAGCAGCUCCAGUUUGGUAAGCAGCGUGUGGUGAGGCAGGGUGUGGUGCUUUUGGUUAUCUAUUUGAGCCUUGGUGUGGUGAUUUAUUCUCUUAUUAGGGCUGGUUUUAAAGGGAAUGAGACUCACCCUGUUGUUGAUGCUCUGUAUUUCUGUAUUGUGACUAUGUGUACAAUUGGGUAUGGUGAUAUAAACCCUGACAGUUUAGCAACUAAGCUGUUUUCAGUCUUGUUUGUGCUGGUGGGGUUUGGUUUCAUUGACAUUUUGCUGACUGGGAUGGUUAGUUAUGUGCUUGACUUGCAAGAGAAUUAUCUGCUGAGGAGUAUAAAUAAUAGCAAGGGUAGUGAUGCUAGGUCUUACAUAGUUGAUGUGAAGAAGGGGAGGAUGAGGAUUCGGAUGAAGGUCGCGUUGGCCUUGGGCGUUGUCGUGGUGUGCAUUGGGGUUGGUGUUGCUGUGAUGCAUUUCGUGGAGAGGUUGGACUGGGUGGACUCGUUGUAUCUGUCUGUGAUGUCUGUGACGACGGUUGGGUAUGGCGAUAGGGCGUUUCACUCGUUGGGGGGUAGGGUUUUCGCCUCGGUUUGGUUGCUUGUGUCGACUCUGGCUGUGGCUAGGGCGUUUCUUUACCUGGCCGAGGCGAGGGUGGACAGGAGGCAGAGGAGGAUGGCAAAGUGGGUGCUCGACCAGCAUAUGACCGUGGCGCAGUUUCUUGCUGCUGACAUUGAUAACAACGGAUUUGUCACUAAGUCAGAGUACGCGAUCUACAAGCUCAAAGCGAUGGGCAAGAUCUCAGAGCACGACGUUUCCAAGAUAUGCCAGCAGUUCGAGAGGCUCGAUGCUGGCAACUGCGGGAAGAUCAGUCUAGUCGACCUUAUUGAAAGCCGUCACUGAGUGAAGAACGAGCUUCUUCAUCGUCAUCAAGAUUGAGGCCGUUGUGCAAGAUUUUGACCAGUGAAUGUUUGAGAUACAUUAAAAUUUACUCGACAGCGACUCUCCUUUAUACUUCCGGCUGGACGAGCUCACUUGCAUCAAGAUUAUAGGUGAAAUGGGGAAGCAUGGACUGAAGAAGAGAGGGCAAGUUUGGAGGGAACAAAACAACUAAAGAUUUUGAAUGACAUCCAACUAAUGCAUCAUACAAGUUAGAUUUGUAUUGGCAAGAGCAGCAUAAGUAGUUUUGUUUUAUGUUUUAGUUAAAUCCUUUAGUCAAUUUUGCAGAUACUCUAUGAAGUAAUAUUUGUAGGGUUCUUUUAUGUUGUACUAAUAGAUCUUAUUUGGCA